CGUGCCAGCCACGAUCGAGCUCAGUCCAACUCGCGCUCCUGCAGUCUUGCUCCCGCUCGCGGCCGCCCGCCGGCCUCCGUCCUCUGCUCACCGCACGCCAUGCCCGCCUCCCGCGCGACGGAAUGCCGCGCCGGAACACCCCGCCGCACCUUCCGCCUUCCCACUUCAACGCCCUCAUCGCCUCCCGCGCCCGCGCCGGCCGCGCCGCCGACGCCUUCUCGCUGCUCGCGCGCAUGCUCGCCGCGGGCGUCGCCCCGACCGCGUUCACCUUCGCGCCGAUCCUCUCCGCCUCGCCUUCUCUUUCCCCCCGCCGCGCCGCGCAGCUGCACCCACACGUCCUCAAGCGCGGCCUGCUCCACAGCGACCCGUACUCCGGGACAGCCUUGCUCGGCUUCCUCGCGCGCCACGGGCGGUUCCGCGAGGCGCUCGACCUGUUCGUGGAAAUGCCUGCGCGGAGCGUGGUCACCUGGAACUGCCUCGUCUCUUCCUUCGUGCAGUAUGAUCGUCUCCAGGAUGCCGUGUUCUGGUUCAGGGAACUCGUGAGGAGCGGCGACGGGCUGUCUGAAGGCUCUCUCCUUGCGGUCUUGCCGGCAUUCGGGUCACCGCAGCUGGUUCACGGGCUUGCCAUGAAAAUUGCGUUGGAUUCCUUCUCACCAGUUGCCAACUCGUUGCUGAAUUCUUACUGUACCUGCGGCGCAGUUUGCGUUGCGGAGAAGCUGUUCAACGGGUUGACGUUCAGAGAUGUGGUUUCGUGGAAUACAAUGAUCACUGCUUUCGCUAAGAGUAACCUGCCAGAGAGAGCUUUGGAGCUUUUCUCGAUGAUGGAAGGUCAGGGUGCUUUUCCCAGUGAAACUACAUUUUCCAGUCUUCUUCAUGCUUGCACCAGUCUAAAAGGACAGCACCAUGGGAAGAUUGUCCACGCAAAGUCCAUCAAGCAUAAUUUGAACACGACAGUGUUUGUGAGCACUUCACUGGUUGAUUUCUACACGAAAUGUGUUGGUAGGAGGGAUGCUCGUCAAGUGCUCGAAGAGAUGCACAACAAGAGCACUGCAUGCUGGAAUGCUCUGAUUUAUGCCAAGUCAGAUGGUGAUGUUCCAACUCUGUUUGUUGUUCUGAGAGAUAUGUUGCGAUCAGGGAUUAGCCCAAACGAGUUUACCUUUUCUUCAUUGCUCAAGGAUCCAUCGCUGUUGGAUCUAUGGCAGAUCCACUCACUGGUCACAAGACUGGGCUACAACGGAAAUGACUAUGUUUCAAGUGCUAUUAUAUCUUCCUAUGUUUCACAUGGCUAUGUUUCUGAUGCCCUGGCUUAUGGAGUUACAUUGGAUCCUGACUACUGCAAUGUCUCCAUGAAUGUUUUAGCUGGGGCAUGUAACAAAGCUCACAUGUACCAGGAGACCAAGGAGAUACUUUUGCAUCAGCAAAGCAGAGAUAAUAUUUCGUGGAGCAUACUUAUUAAUGCCUGCGCACGGAAUGGUGAUUAUGCCGAAGCUUUUGGAUUUUUCAAACAGAUGAGGAUUUCAGGGCAUCAUUUUGAUAACUAUAUAUCUGUGAGCUUGCUGAGUAUUUGUACAAAAAUUAACAGCCUGGUCCUUGGUAGGUUGGUUCAUGGGCUUAACAUUAAGACCGGUUCUGGGUGCUCUGAUACUUAUGUCUGCAAUAUGUUGCUAGAUAUGUAUGCUAAAUGUGGUAGAAUUGAAGACUGUUUGAAAGCCUUUGAUGAAAUGGAAGACAGGAACAUUAUCUCAUGGACUGCUGUGAUUUCUGGCCUUGCACUUAAUGGUUUUUCUCGUAAGGCGCUGGCGUGGUUUAAAGCUAUGGAAGAGGCUGGCUUCAAACCUGACAAGGUAGCAAUUCUGGCAGUCCUUUCAGCUUGUAGACAUGGUGGACUUGUGCAGGAGGGAAUGGAGAUAUUCAAACGUAUUGAAGCUGAAUACUCAACUGAAGCUGACAUGGAGCAUUACAUUUGUGUAGUGGACAUGCUAUGCAAGUGUGGUGAUUUAGAGAAAGCUGGUGCUGUGAUUAGAGGCAUGCCUUUCCGUCCAAGUACUAUCUUAUGGCGCACAUUCCUCCAAGGAUGCAAUAAAUAUGGUAUGCUAGAUACUCGAAGUGUUUAGCUAGCGAUGGUCUCGCUGAACAAUGGAGGUGCGUAUGUUCUCACAUCAAUCUGUCGAAAGAGUGGCUGAUUCAAUAUUUAGACCAUUAUGGAUAUCAAAUGCAUUUUGGUUGUACUUUGUGGUGAUAAUACAACAAUGAUAUAGGCUGUCAUGCAAAUAAUAGUUGAACAAUUUUGUGACUGCUAAGAAUCUGUACCAACCACAUCACCUUCUUUUCUUCAUUCCAUUCGAUCUGUGAAGGGUCUUGAUUGGAAGCGUCCUCAUUGAUGAAGCUUUGUGGUAAGUGGUUCAUUGUGGGUCGGCAUUUUUUUGUACCUUCCCACGGGUUUGGCUUCUACCAUCAUCUAGUGGCUAAAUACAGAAGGAAAACACCUCCUUUCCAUGCGUGCCAAGUAGCAAGAGGCGUCCAUGUUAUCAUGAUCAGGAAUAUGCAACAUGGAGGGGGCUAAAAGGAGGGCUACGAUUUCUGGUUGAGCUAGAUAUGUGCCCCUUACUAAUCCAGCCUUCCAUGUCCCCAGUGACAAUUUUCACUUUGGGAGUUGAAAUUGGUCUUCAUUCUUUGUGAAAGCUGCAAGGGAGGUGUGGUCCGUGUGGAACUCCAUUAAAGCAAAAUGUAAUUUCCUACAAAGUUGGAAAUAUCUGAAGAAAUAUUGCACAGUCACUGAAUUCAGGUAAGAAGUGGAAUAUGAGAAAUGAAGAUGUUGACAUGGCAUAAAUUUUAAUGAGCAUCAGAAAUCUACUAUUUCCAGUGCUUAUUCUGUUUUUAACUCAAAGAAAGGUGUUUUUGAUUCACAACCAAAAGGAGAGUAAAAGGAGCAGGACUGUUGUCAAAAUAGAAGGUGCGAUAGCUACUUGCAGCCUAUGUAAAUAUAGAAAAUGACUGAAAAGAGUUCAGUAAGAUCCUUUUGUAUUUACUAUGUUUUACUUGCAUCUAAUUGAUGGUGACCUGCAUCCAAAGAGCCGAUACAUUUCUGAUGAUUGGACUUCUGGGAUGCUGUCGCCAGUUCUUGGGACGCGACUCUUUGCGUUAUGGGUUAGUCAGCCAAGGUCGUUAGGGUGUGGCAAAUCGUUUGCAGAGAUGAUAAAGCACCGGUCAGGACAGGGCAUCAACUGAUUUUAUGAGGUACUACAAGCUUUUGACGAAGCAUGCACAUUAGCAGCGAAAUAUGGGCAAUAUAGUAUCCAAACAUGGGCUCUUAUUGGCUAUUGCUUUUCUUUCCACUGGGCACUGUCUACGUAGCUACAAAGGUUCGUGUUUACUAAUUGAAUGAUGACCAUGCAGUGUUGUCCUGGUACUAGAAAGGUGAUUUGGUCAAAGAAUUCAAAGCAUUAUCUAAUGCAAUGGCCGGUGGCAUGAUAUAUCACGACCCCGUAUCAAGCUGGGUCGGAAAGAUUGACAAUUCCAAGAAGAUCUAGUUUACCAAAUGCAAGUAUAGUUCUGAAGGUUGAUUGAUUUUUCUUGCUGCCAUCUUAUGCUGUUCUCGAGGUACUUGUGUAUCUCCGAAUUGUAAGCAGGUAAACUGGCAUUGUUCUUGGUGAGGAUACAGAAUGGGAACUGUGA